AUGGAAAAGAACAUCUGCUAUCGGCAACGAAGGAGAAAAGAAGUCGUCUACGACGAUUGCGUACUCGAGGACUCCUUGUCCCAAGGUGACUGGCACACUGAGGAGGACCCAAACGUGGACUACGAGAUGCUGCUCAGAGGAUUACGAGCCUGCGCUGAACGUGCCUCGAAGCCGCGCACGACAAACUUGGAUCGAAUUUCGAAGACCACCAAGGAAUUGUUGGAAAGAAGAAGGGCUUUGAGGCUAGAUCCGAAUGCAUCGCACAGUGAGCGGUUAGCAGCAAACACUAGCUGCAGAAAAGCUUUGCAGGAGGAUCUUUUGAAGCACAGGCAGAAGAAGAUUCUGGAAGCAACACAAAAAGGACAGGUCUAG